AUGGUGUUGUGGGAGAUAACUCUGGCAACAGCGUACUUCUUGGGACUGAGGCGGAGUUACCGGCUCGCAUUGAAGACCCAGCGUCGAAUUGUUAGCCCUAAGCAUCCGAGGGUCCGACAAUUUCUGCAUCGGAGGACGCAUCAGAUAUUUGAUGUGGCACUUAGGGUCCACAAGAACAUACAACAGAGAGACAUGGAACUUGGCCGGAACCUUGGAAACUGGAUUCUCCGCUGGCUCGAUCGGAUGAAGCCAUCAGCUCAGGUUCUACUACCAAAACAUACAGAGGCAAGCAUAGGCAAGGCAAAGAGAGUAUUAGAAUCAACCCGGCUGAAACCGCAUACCAACACGCAGACUCCUCAGAACACUGAAGUCGGUAGGCACUUGUUCUUGUCCUUGAGGAACCUCCGGCCCAAGUUAUCUCCGACUCUCUCGAGGAUGAUGAUGAUAAAGCCGCCAGGACCCACUGGGAGUACCACGCAGUACCGGAAUUACAGCGAAUCCGGUCUUGUUAAACCGAUUUAUGCGAGAGGCGGGUUUGAUGGUGUCAUCAGGAAGGACAUUUUGCAGUGGAUGGUGCAGAGAUGA